AGAGGGGGUGGUGGCUUCUUUCAAAGAAUGGCUGCUUCUGCCGUUGUCUUUCGAGUCGGCUUGGUGUGGAUAGGUGCGUGUGUUUUGAGCUGUACGAAAAUGCAUGCAUGCGCUUUUCUAUGCCUUUAAACUCUAUUUUGGAAGGUGUGGCGGUGGCGGAGCCCGUGCGGCGGUGAAGAAGGCACGACGCCUUGCAUGCGUCGGCCGGUCCUACUCUGAGACGGGCUUUCGGGUAUCCACGGCCCGAACCCAGCGAGCGACACGCGGUGCUGUCGGGCGAUGGCGCCCCCUCCAAGAUUGAUCUGCGCGCUGCUGGUCGCCGCCUCGGCAGUCGCCUCGGCUUCCAAGUCGGCCUCGACAGUCGUGGUUCUUCCCGACAACGUUUAUCCGGGCUAUGGUGUCAAGCGGCUGCCUUACGUGGGACAGACGUUUGGGCUAGACGGGGACCUCAGGGUGGCGCGCUGCUUUGACGUCUUGAGCGACGGCCUGCUCAUGGUCACUUCAAACGUAUCCCACCUCGUGGGACGGCCCGGAACGCUAAUACUGCGCGAGACCGACUUUCCCCCCUCCCCCGAGAGGUCCGACCGCGAACAAGCGCUGGCGGUGCACGUCGUACCGCAGCAGAGUAUGCUGCGCUUUCCGAAGGAAGAGUAUGGUGCCAGCAUCGUCGAAAACGGGCUGCCCGGGGCCCAGGUCGCCGUGCUGGACGGUGCGACGACCGACUCCUGUCGUGACGAUGUCAGGUACGAGAUCGUCUCGGGGGAUGACGACGGCGCCUUCCAUCUGUCCCCGUUGUCUCGAAAUUCAACGCGGUUGGUGCUACGCGCCCGGACGCCACUCGACAGGGAGACGCAGAACCGCUACGACCUGACCAUUCGAGCCUUCAACGGCCUCGAGUCUGCCCGGACCCGCGUGGUCGUGGAAGUCCUCGACGUAAACGACAACGAUCCGGUGCCGGAGCGCCGGUCCUAUACCUUCCGCGUGCCUCUAAGCUCCGAGCCCUAUUCGAUCGUGGGCAACGUGAGUGCCACGGACUCGGACGGAGACGCCGUCGCCUUCCGGCUUAGCGACCGGCACCCGUUUUUCACCAUGGUCCCCAAGACUGGCGAGCUGAUGCUCACGCGGGGCCUCGAACCCAAAACGUACAAGCUGGCGGUGCGACUCCGCGACCGGGGCACCCCUCCACGUCGCGGUCCCACCGUGGCCGUCUACGUGGACGCCUUCGAGCCGGACGAAGCGGCUCCGGCGAGCAGCCAGGAAGACUCGGUGGUGCGGAUACGGCGCUCCUCGAUCAUCGUGCGCCCCACGAAGAGCUACCUGUACAAGGAGACCGAUGGCCGCGACGUGAACAAGACGGUCUUCACGCUGGACAAGAAGGCCGUGGACGAGACGUUCGAGCUGGAGAAGCCCGACCGCUGGGUCCACGUGAGCGCCAACGGGGACGUCAAGGUAAAGGAGAAGUGGGACUACGAGCAGCUGGACAAGGAGAAGUCCAUCGACUUCUGGGUGCUGGCAAGGCCUGCAGGCAACCCGAGCG